AUGCCUAUUCCAACUGAAGUUGUGGGGUCUCUACCCCGUCCAAGCUGGCUACAGCAGGCUUUCGGGGAUUAUGAUCAGGGAAAGAUAACAUAUGAAGAAUUGCAAAAAUACCAAGACAAAGCAUGUGAAGAUUCAAUCCAGCUUAUGGUUGCGGCUGGAGAGCCAGUUGUUACCGAUGGCGAGCAACGCGCUAGCUCUUUUGCUACAUAUCCUUUGACAGAUACGCUUGGUGGAACCGGAUUGGCAAAAAACCUUGUCGCAGACGGACAGUACUUUGCCUUCUUCGACGAUGGACACCAUCGUCAAUUGCCUCGCCUGACCGGUGGUCCAUUCCGCUACAAGACAUAUGCGUCCGACUAUUUGCAAAAAUCAUCCAAGGGUGUAUCGGCUCCGAUGAAAACGGCUGUGAUUGCACCGAGUAUGCUAAGCCUUCUAUAUCCACUAGAUGAAAAUCUACCAGACUACACGAGGGAGCAGUUCCUUUCGGAUCUUUGUGAUGAGUGUGAGAAAGAUGUUCGUCAGGCUUUCAAUGCCGGGGCAGUUCGUGUUUCAAUUGACUUCACUGAGGGACGCCUCGCCUCGAAGAAUGACCCUCGUAACCCUUGGACUGGCCGCAAUAUGCUGAAGUCUUUUGUUGAUCUCAACAAUCGUGUAAUCGAUAGAUUCACUCCUGAGGAGCGCAAGAACAUCGGAAUCCACACUUGUCCAGGAGGCGAUUGCGACUCGGUGCAUAGUUUUGACGUUCCUUACGAAAGUCUCUUACCAAGCAUGUUUAAGAUGAAUGUCGGAUACUUCUUGAUCCAAUGUGCAUCCGAGAUCGAAAAAGAGAAGGUAUACAAGCUUGUCGGAGACAAUAUUCGUAAGGAUGCGAAUGGAGUAAAACAAGUGAGCUCUCUGAUGGCUGUUCGGAAGAACAAAGUGAUCAAAGCGAGAGCAAAAACAUCUCAGGUUGCAUUUAUCGGGGUUACCAAUCCAUCAAACCCUACGGUCGAGACCCCGGAGCAGGUGGCUGAUGCUCUAGUGGUUGCCUCGAAGUACAUUUCCAAGGAUCAACUUGGCGCAACUGACGACUGUGGGUUUUCCCCAUUUAGCAUUGAUUCCAAGCCGAAACACGGCUCUCCCGACUACGCCCGUGAUAUCGCAUUUAUGAAGAUCACGGCUCGAAUCAAAGGGGCAAAGAUCGCCAGUGAGCGGCUCGGGGUUUAG